AUGGCGCCCCUCCAGACUGUGUCGCGCGCCCUCACGCGGUCGGCCACUGCCGCCGCCUGCCGGUCCCCGGCCACGGCCACGGCGGUCCGCGCCAUGAGCUCGACGCCCGCCCUCCGCGACUCGUCGUCCUCCUCCUCCAGCUACCAGAGCCCCUUCAAGGGCGAGUCCAAGACCAACGUCCCCGACUUCUCCAAGUACAUGUCCAAGGGCUCCGGCAGCACCAAUGCGCUGUUUUCGUACUUUAUGGUCGGCACCCUGGGCGCGAUCUCGGCGGCGGGGGCGAAGUCGACGAUUCAGCCUCGAUGUUUUGGCCCAUGGCCCAAGGUUGAGGUCGACCUCGCGGCUAUUCCCGAGGGCAAGAACGUCAUCAUCAAGUGGCGAGGCAAGCCCGUCUUCAUCCGCCACCGCACCGCCGCCGAGAUCGAUGAGGCCAACAGCAUCAACGUUGCCUCAUUAAGAGACCCCGAAACCGACGACCAGCGCGUUAAGAAGCCCGAGUGGCUCGUCAUGUUGGGCGUCUGCACACAUUUGGGUUGCGUGCCCAUCGGCGAGGCCGGCGACUUCGGCGGAUGGUUCUGCCCCUGCCACGGUUCCCACUACGACAUCUCGGGCCGCAUCAGGAAAGGACCCGCCCCGCUCAACCUCGAGAUCCCUACGUACGACUUCUCUGACGACGGCAAGCUGGUUGUCGGUUAA